AUGUCCAAAAGGAGAAAAACUCAUGAUAGUUCAAGCUCUCCGGCUUCAAGCUCUCUACCUUCAAGCUCUCCGGCUUCAAGUACUCCACUUUCAAGCUCUCCACCUUCAAGCUCUCCGGCUUCAAAUUCAAUUGGUAUUGUAUCUCCUUCAGAUGCUAGUGUGCCAUUACAUGAGGAAGAAUUUAUUUAUGAUAUCGAAAAACUUUAUCAUGAUCCUAUUAGAAGAACCGAUAUAAUGAAAUAUCCUCCAAAUGAGCGAGAUACAAUUAGGAGGGCGUGUAUUCUUAGAAAACCUUGUCAGCCAAGAACUUUUUCUUUUCCUCAAAAAGAAGUUGGAGGUUCGCGUUGUCGGUUUAUGGUUUCAUGUCGGGGAGGUCGUGGGAACCGCCGCUGCUGCCGCCGGCGUAAUCACCGGUCUCGAGCUUCUUCGGCGCUCGGGUUUCGGUUUCGGUUUCCAGUAGACUCGAUCAGGCGCUGCCAUCCUCAUCACAUCUGCUGCGGCGUAGCUCGCGCUCAAAUCCUCGGCCAGGCUGUUGCCACUCCUGAUUCAGCUGUGGAAUUGCCGCUUACAGCAGAAAAUGUCGAGGGUGUGUUGGAUGAGAUCCGACCCUAUCUUAUUGCGGAUGGGGGCAAUGUUGCAUUGCAUGAAAUUGAUGGAAAUGUCGUCAAAUUAAAAUUACAAGGAGCAUGUGGAUCGUGUCCUAGUUCCGUAGUGACAAUGAAAAUGGGCAUUGAGCGGCGUCUUAUGGAAAAGAUCCCUGAAGUGAUUGCAGUGGAAUCAAUACCAGAUGAAGAAACAGGGCUAGAGCUGAAUGAAGAGAACAUAGAGAAGGUGCUUGAAGAAAUAAGACCUUAUCUCACUGGAGCUGCUGGUGGGGAUUUGGAACAAGUAGAAAUUGAGGAGCCAAUAGUUAAAGUGCGAAUAUCAGGUCCUGCAGCUGCUGUAAUGACUGUUCGAGUUGCUGUGACCCGUAAACUUAGAGAAAAGAUUCCAUCCAUUGCAGCGGUUCCGCUUCUUUCAUAGAUGCAUCUCAAAUAUCAAUCAUCUCAAAUAUCGAUCGCUGAUUAUGUGGAUAAAAUAUAUUCUACUAUAAAUAUUUAAGCUAUAAUAAUCAUUACU